GGAGGUUUCAUGUGGCCAUUUGAAUUUGAGCUGUGUUGCCAGUUCUCAUGUGGAACUGUCUGAUGUCACCUAAGAAUCCAAGUCUCAUGCAUACCCCAGAACUUUUAGGUCCAUUCGGAUCCAAACAUUCAACUUAGCUCAGUGCUCAGUCAGUGCUUCCUGCUCAUUAUCGCCUUUGGCAAAGACAGAGAAAGAUAUUUGAUGGGGACAGUGGAUUCCAGCUGGCACAGAGAACUGGGAAAACCCAUUCAGCUUGGGGGCUGAUUUAAGUUGGGCGGUCAGCUCCAUUUUGGAGAGCCCCCAGAAGUUUCUUAUUAGAUAGGUUAGAGCUGCCAUGGACAGUUCAGCUUCCUUGUUGACCACCCCCAAAGUCAUAUUAGAGGCCUAUGUACCCUCAACCUCAGGGGACAUCACGCGAUUUCUAUCAGAGACUAUGUCAGAAGAAAGGAAUGAGAGAAGACAGAAAAGAAAGAGGAAGGUAUGGUCAGUGAUGGAGUCAACAGACACAAGACUUGUUCUGAAAAGGAGGAAAAUUGCUGACUUCCGCCCAGAAGAUUUAGCAGCUUUCUUCAGACUUUUGGAGGACCCAGUCAUUAGGAAAUUCUUGGACUCCGACAGCCAUUUUAAAGUGGCUGAUAAGUACCUUCUCUCCAUAGUUGUAGAAUAUUUUGGCCGGGUGAGACUUCCUGCUUACUCUUAUAACCGGAUCCAUUUUUUUGUGGCACUAUUCAUCGCCAAUCAAAUUGAGGAGGAUGACAUGAAAUCUAAAUUCAAUAUGAUGCCUGCCCUCUUUGGAAAGAGACUAUGGCGCAGUCUCUACUAUGAUUUCCGGCGGAUACAGCGAAAAUUCAUUGUUGCAAUGAAUUGGAGAGUUCUUGUUACUCGCCAGAUCUGUGAUGAAAUCCAAGCCCAGGCCCCUACACAUUGGGUCUGGCAAAGGGACCGAGGCCUCCUCAGUUAAACUCCAGCUCUAGGAGGGUGGGAUGGAGGGAAAAGAAUGGAUGAUACCAAUAUUCCAACAAACCCAGGAAGAAACAAAAAAAGAGCCCAGCAUGAAAAACUUAUUCCAAGAGAAGAGACAUGUAGAAUUCUUGACCUGUGCAUGGGAAAAACAAAAACAAAAUAAAAACCAUGAUGCUAUGGAAGAAAAGAGGAAACAAGGUGACAAAUGAUGUUGGCCAUUGAGGAAAUAAAACACUGAACUAUCACAAGCACAUGACCCAGGCCCAGGCGGAUACGACUGAAAGUCCUGGCUGUGGUAUUCCAUUUGACUUCAGGAAGAGUCCACUGCUUUGCUGUGCA